AUGGUCCCUGAAUUGGUUACCAACGUUCUGUUUGCAAGCUGCUUCCAGGUCUAUACGGACAUCGGGCCCAAGCUUGUCCCACCCAACAGAUUCGCAGACGAGAUACGCAACCACCCUGAUUUGCAUUUUGGUAAGGCCAUUUCCAAUUGUGACCAGGAAUUCUCUGGGUCAUACCCCGGAUUCAAGCCCUUUACUUCAGACAGCUCAUCUCAGGCUGUCGUCAACACUGUAAAGGAAGGCUCACGCACUUGGACGGAAAUCACAUAUAAACCGAAGCUUCUGCAGCUGGUUGCUCGUAUUUCAUCACGGGUCUUCAUCGGCCCGGAGCUAUGUACCAACGAGGAAUGGCUCAACAUCAGCCAACAAUACGUCAUUGAGUCGUUCAUUGCUCUCCGAGCAACUCUCGACCAGACGCGCAGAAUCCUCAACGCUGUCAUCGAGAAACGCCGGGAGAAUAAUCGCCAGACAUGCGAGGCUGGACAACGUCUUUCCAAGAUGGCAGACACAAUCGGCUGGAUGGGUGAGGCCGCCAAAGGACAGCCGUACGACGUAGCGACGGCUCAGCUUGGUCUCUCACUUGCCGCCAUUCAUGCCACGACCGAAAUGGUGAGCGGUCUCAUCGGUGAUCUUUGCACCAAUCCCGAAUAUUUGAACCUCUGCGCAAUGAGAUUGUCUUGGUUUUGGGUGACAAGAGCUGCUGCAAUGCAUCGAGUCGCUGAAAUGCCAAUCACUCUGUCAGAUGGGACACGGAUCCCCAAAGGCGCUAUUACUAUGGUUAGCAUCGACAUGAUGUAUGAUGAAGGCCUAUUCCCGAGCCACAUAAAUACAGAGUCGCAACCUGGACAUGAGCACCGUUGGCAAUUCGUUUCGACUUCACCCGAGCAUCUCGUCUUUGGUCACGGCAAGCAUGCUUGCCCCGGACCAUUUUUUGCCGGGAAUGAGAUCAAGGUCGUGCUGAUCUACCUGCUGAUGAAAUAUGAUCGGAAGUUCACGGCUGAGGGUCACAAAGCAGACAAGUCCUUUGGCCAGGAGACGGAUACAGAUCCAACUGCGAAGGCGAUGAUCACAAAGAGGACACAAGACAUUGUGCUUUGA